UGGUUAAAUGGCUGAAAGAAGGUCUGUGGUGAACGCAAGCUCAAGACAGUUUCACGUUUUAUUCUACGACAUAAAAUACAUCAGUAUUACCUUUCAAAGCUGUUAUGUGUCUUGAAAAAGGCGGUUGCUAACAAGUGACUAAAUGGGACUACAGAGACUGUCUGGGAUAUUAAACGUCAUCACGCCGAAAAGCAUGUUGCUACAGUGUUCAAGGUGGUUGCCAGGGCGUUGCUAUGCAGUUGCUGGCUCAAGGGCCUCUUCCAAUCAUUCACACUGUCCACAUGAGCAGCAUGGUGCUGCGUCCCAGAAGCGUCACUAAAGACAAGCAAAAAGAGUGGGAUUAUAAAGGCUCAGACCUGUUGGAACACAUUGCAAAUAUCAAGAAACGUCUUUCUAAAGAGAAACCGCAACAAGCUGCUCUACAGAAAACACAGCAGAAAGCGCAACAGUCACCUCAACAGAAAACGCAACAAUCCAUUCAACAGAAAUCGCAACAAGCACCUCCACAGAAAACUCAACAACCUGAUAAAACUGAAAAUGCUGUGCCUCAGCACAACACAACUUCCUCCUCGACCAAAGUUGCCUCAGCGUCUGUUGCUUCAACAACUCUCACCUCUCCUGACUCACCCGACAGUCUGAUACCACAGUCACCAAAACACCAUCUAUCUCUCCUCAAAAUAUCAUGUUGGCAGCUUUCCAGCCAAAGGUCAUCCUCCAGAAGUUGUCUAUGGAGGUCAUCCUCCAGAAGUUGUCUAUGCUCGCACCCGUCUUACCAGCUGUUGGUGUGUCGAAGGGUUGUAUUCAAACUGUAAAAUCUGCUACAACUAUCAGUACCUCAAAUUUAAGAAAUGCAAAACGACCUGCCCCUGAUGAGGAAGAGGUGUAUGUCUCUGAGGAAGAAGAGCACAUUUCAGAGCAAGACCAGUACAAGUCCAUAAACUUGUAUCAUCGCUGUUGUUCAGCAUGUUUGGAUAGGGUGUUUUCCCACAUUUUCGAUUUCUCUCCGUGUGGGCGGAGUCUGUGUGACAUGCAGGAAGUGCAAGAAUACUUGUUUGAAACACGUUGUGACUUCCUCUUCUUGGAUAUGCUCUGUAUGGUCCCGUUUGUCCUUGUGAAUUGCACCCGACCCCCUUCCACAUCAUCCGACCGGCCUCACCUCUACCUGCAGGACAUCUCAGAGGGUAGGGAGGCAUUGUCGUUGCCUUGUGUUAAUGAAGUGGACAAUAAGCCUACUCCUAACGUCUCUUACACCAAAGACAGAUUUCCAGCUUCCAUCAAUACAAGCUUAGACUUCUUGAUCGGCUGUGACUGCACAGAUGGCUGUUGGGACAGGUCAAAGUGCGCAUGCCACCAACUGACCAUUGAGGCCACGUCCUUAUGCAGUGGCGGUCCAGUUGAUGUUAGUGCUGGAUACACACAUAAGAGGUUGCCAGCAAGCUUGCCAACAGGGGUGUACGAGUGUAACCGUCUGUGCCGCUGUGACCCGAGAAUGUGCAGCAACAGGUUGGUUCAGCACGGUCUGCAGCUGUGGCUGGAGCUCUUCAUGACACGGCAAAAGGGGUGGGGCACCCGCUGCAGAGAUGAUGUGGCCAAGGGCACAUUCGUGUGCAUUAUCACUGGUAAAAUAGUAAAUGAAGACGAAGUGAAUGAAGAUGACACAAUGUCCGGCAAUGAGUAUUUGGCCAACCUUGACUUUAUUGAGGGGGUGGAGAACCUGAAAGAGGGUUAUGAGAGCGAGGUGUACUGCUCGGACACAGAGGUCGAAAGCAACAAGACCAUAACCGUGAAAACGGUAAAUACUCUCUACCAAGAAGACUCUAGCAAUGGUGAAGGCAAGACAAUACUAUCCCAUAAGCCACAUAAAGCAUCUAAAGAUGCUCAGAAGAAAGUAACCAAACAAAUGAGAGAGGACGGUCAAGAGAACUCAGGUCCAAAGCGUCACUUUGCCAUAAAGUCCUGCCAGAGAAGAGUAAAACCACCAGAAACCACUGAAGCACAAAAUAAGAAAAUGAGGACAGCUCUGCCUGCCAACACCCGCAGACUGUUUGAUGGCGAGGAGACCUGUUACAUCAUUGAUGCGAGACAAGAAGGCAACCUCGGCCGCUACAUCAAUCAUAGCUGCAAUCCAAAUUUGUUUGUCCAGAACGUCUUUGUGGACACUCAUGAUCUCCGGUUCCCAUGGGUGGCGUUCUUUGCCAGCAAGGAUCCCUUUAGGAUGCUUUUCGUUUCCCCUGACACAGACAGUGAGACGAAUCCCACAGUCUCACCAGCCAAUCCUUUAUUGCUGAAUGAGCAUUUCGAGCUUUCAGGAACAACUGGUUGUUAUCCUGAUGUUUCCCAGCACUGCUGCAUCCUGGGAUGCUCUUAACGAAGGUCUUUGAGGAUGGUCAGCUCUCAUACCCAGCAUGCAUCCUUUCAAAAGCUACACCAGGGUUUGUGGGGACACUGCACAUUUCAAGAGAAAAACAUAUCUGAGCAAAGACAACCCUGAAAUCAUGGCUUCAGAGAAGCAUUUGAAAUGGCUGGUCUGGAUGUGGCUGGGAGCCACAUAUGUCAAGAAGUUCUUGCCUUGCCUCAGUUUCCCAACUUAUUGUUGAAGUUGUGUACGAGCUUUAUUCUCUUCUUCUGACAGAUUUCUUUGAGUAAAAACCCAAGAAACAGCAAGACUGCAUUCCAAUUUGGUCACAAAAGCAGCCACACAUUUAAAAGGGAAUUUGUGUCUCUAUAUGUUUGUCAUUAUGGCAUGAUAAACCUUUAAAGCAUAAUGGUUUUCUAGUGAAAACGAUGUUCAAUACCCUGGUUUGUUUUCAAAGCUUUCUGUGUUUCAAUGACCUGUCAGCUUUGCUCUUAUCUUUACAGAAACAGAAGCUUGGCAUGGAAAAAGUUUUUUUAUCAUAUUGCAAGUUGUACCAUCUAAGGAUCGUUAUAUAAAGUUUCAGAAUGUU